GGUUACAGUCACUAGCAAUAGGUUGUGGAGAUGGGAGACGAAUUGGGUACAGCUGACAGUAUAGGAGAGACAGUAUAUAUAGUGAGGAUAAGGUGGUUAGAGAAGAAAGGGUUUUAAAAGCAGCAUAUUUGCAAAUAAUUUAUUUUAUGUUGUAUAUUGUAUAUAUUGUGCAAGAUCUCACACUAAAAAUAUUAACUGAAUCUCCAAGUAAGAUAACUAAAUUAUUCUGCUAAACAACCACCACGGAAUUUAUAUGAAUUGCUGUUUUACCUUAAAUCACAGCGGUAUGUGAUUUUCCUCCUCCGUUCCAGCCAGGAUUUGUUUCAGGAGCUGUCAAUACUUGUCUGGAAGAAACGAGCAGCAAAAAUUGGAUUUCCUUAGCAACUGAGGAAGGAUUCGGGCUCCUUUUAUUUUAUAUGCGUUCAGUUAAUUCAAUUUCUAAGUCACUGACAUCUAAGGGAAACUGAAAGCAGCUCUGAGCUAAUAUGAAGAUGGCACUGAAAAAGAACACGGCAGUCUCCGCCUUUUCUGCUUGCUUUCUUUCUUUGUAGCAGAAAAUCUGGAUUUUGAUUGAUAUUGCUUUUUAAUGCAUCCAAUACCUUUUUAUGUGGAAUAAAGAAGUCUGUGAUAAAAGAAAAGAUGCAGAUUUAUUUGUUUCACUUCAUGAAAAUACAGGGCAAAUUACCCAACUGCCAUAAGAAGUUGCGAACGAAUUCCAGUCGUCAUGUAAUGGCUAAACAUCACGGAUUUCUAUUUUCAAUAUUAAAUAAAUAAAUAAAUAAAUAACGUUGUCUGUUCUAUAGGGAACAACAGCACAUUUGGAGUAAAUCUUCCUUAGCAUCUGCAACUGUGCCAGUAAAAAUCUCAGGGAUACCUGCUCCUUUUCGGAAAUGUUUCAUUUGCAGGUAAUUAUGUAGGCAGCCUCCUGGGCAAUGUAGUUGUUGUGAUCGACCAGGAAACCAGAGGGACACAGUUAAAAAUGCUCAUGGUCCAGGCACUGUUUAUUCUGGAUAACUAUAAACACUGGUACUAGGGUUAUGUAAAAAUAAAAUGGCAAACAUUUAUAGUGGGGAUUUAUAAAUAUUUAUAUCCACACAUUCUAUUUCAAGGCGGAUUGUUGCUUAAUUGUUUUACUUGAAUUCUUCUUAAUCGGGGUCCAGUGGAACAGCGUGGGGUUGGGGCAGAUGCCAUGGAUUUGUAAGCUUUGCUGCAAGAGCUCUUAAAAUGUUGAGAUCUCGCUGUGCUGCCGGGGCUCCCCUUCGGAUCAGCGAGGCUCACGGCGAGAGAAAUGGACCCCUCGGCUACCCCCAGCGCCCCCGCUGCCUUGUGAAGGAUGUCCCUCAUCAGAGCACCGGCCCGGGACAGCACUGAGACCCCCGGCCAGAGAGAGAGAAUCCGCAGUCGCAUGAAAAUGGUGAUCGACCAGCUGGAAGGGAUCCUCAGGGAGCUGAAGGAAGUGGCCAGGGAACUCCGAGAGGUGGUGGGGCAAAUAGACAAGCUGACAUCGGACUUUGAUUUCGAACUGGAGCCAGAUGACUGGACGGUAGCCACUGUGAGCAGCACGUCCAGCAGCGAGAGGGGGCUCGGAGACGCGUUCGGGAGGCUAGACUUCCUCACCCCGGAUGUGCUCUCUGAAAGCUGGGAAUUCUGCAACUUCCUGGAGACCCCGCCCCCAAUGGCUGCGGAGAAGCCGGCUGCCGAGGCAAUGACGACGGCGAGUGCAGAGCAGGCAGCUUAUGCGCAGAUGAACGGAGGUAUUAUCACGAAUGGGCCUUUGGUUGUCACACCAGAUUCUUCCAGCGAGGAGGCCUCCACUCACAGCCACAAAAACUCCUCAAGGACACCUGGGACCCGCGAGCGGGUUCGCUUCAGUGAUAAAAUCCUCUACCACGCCCUCUGCUGCGAUGAUGACGAGGAAGAGCCAGAGUGCGGGCCCACAGCAGAGACGGACAGCGAGCAGAGCCACCCAGCAGCCUCGCCACUGGCCUCCGCCACCCAGACUCUCCUCAACUGUCACACCCCUUCCUCCCAAGAUGAAGCAGCAGCAGCUAAACAUGGUUCAAACCCAGGCACCCGGAAAAAAGUGCUACGGAAUAGCAGUACGCAAACUGUGGCAGAUAAGAGCACCCAAACUGUACUUCCCUACAUCCCAGCCAAACAGAAAACAAAGGACUGAAAGGACAAACAACUUUAUUACAUUAAAUGACAUAGAUCCAUAGAUCAUUAAAUCAAUGCAUUAAUAAAUA